AUGGAUGUAACAGAGGUUACAGUAAUACACCAUGUGGGCAUUGUGUUAAUGAUGCUUUGGUUUCUUUCUCACUUCAAUUGCUGCCACCCUGUUGCCUACUUUUUCUCUCUGAUUUAUCUCUACCUGGUUCAUGAGCGGUAUGUCAUGAGAUUGCGGAGGAAAUUACAAUUUGAUGAAAGAAAGCAGGCUAAUCAGAGAAGGGUGCUUUCUGAUUCCGAGACCGUGCGGUGGUUGAACCAUGCAGUUGAAAAGAUAUGGCCUAUAUGUAUGGAACAGAUUGCUUCACAGAAAAUUCUCCUACCUAUCAUACCUUGGUUUUUGGAGAAGUACAAACCGUGGACUGUUGGCAAGGCUAUAGUUCAACAUCUCUACUUAGGAAGAAACCCACCUAUGUUCACAGAGAUGAGAGUUCUUCGCGAAUCUACUGAUGAUGACCACUUGGUUCUGGAGUUGGGAAUGAAUUUUCUGACAGCUGAUGAUAUGCUUGGAAUUCUGGCUGUGAAGCUGAGGAAAAGACUAGGUUUUGGAAUCUGGACAAAGUUGCAUAUUACAGGCAUGCAUGUUGAAGGAAAGGUCCUGAUUGGGGUGAAGUUCCUUCGCAAGUGGCCUUUCCUUGGCCGUGUGCGAUUAUGCUUUGUGGAGCCUCCAUAUUUUCAAAUGACCGUCAAGCCUAUUUUUACUCGAGGGCUUGAUGUUACAGAAGUUCCUGGGAUUGACGGAUGGCUGGAUAAGCUUCUCGCCAUUGCCUUUGAGCAGACGCUUGUUCAGCCUAAUAUGCUGGUUGUUGACAUGGAGAAAUUUACUUCACCAGAGCCAGAAAAUUGGUUCUCUGUGGAUGAGAAGGAGCCUGUUGCUCAUGUCAGAAUAGAAGUCAUCGAAGCAUCAGACAUGAAACCCUCCGAUCUAAAUGGAUUCGCUGACCCUUAUGUGAAGGGUCAAAUGGGCGUUUACCAAUUCAAAACGAAGAUACAAAAGAAAACGCUGACUCCAAAAUGGCACGAGGAAUUUAAGAUCCCCAUUAUUACAUGGGAUUCACCUAAUGUGCUAGCUAUUGAAGUUCAUGACAAGGACAUAUUUGUUGAUGACACCCUUGGAGACUGUUCCAUUAAAAUCAGUGAUCUUAGAGAUGGCGGGAGGCAUGACAUGUGGUUGCCUCUUCAAAACAUUAAAACAGCAGGGAGGCUGCAUAUUGCAGUAACUGUAGUAGAAAAUAAUGGGAAGGGGGAUGAUUGUCCAGAUGUUCAGGAAAUGCUAAAUGUGGAAGACAAAAGAAAUUCCUUUGCCAAUGAGACUGCUAAUAAAAGUUCCUUCUCAUCUGUAUCAUCAGAGAAAUCUCCUAGAGUGGCAGAUCAUUUUGAGCCUAUUGAUAUAGAAGGGCAAAAGGAAACUGGUAUAUGGGUCCAUCAUCCAGGAAGUGAAGUUUCACAAACUUGGGAGACUAGAAAAGGAAAGAGUCGAAGACUUAAUACCCGGAUUCAUGGGGAGGCUAAUGGUGCUGACGGUCAUAAUUCAGUGACAUCUGGAACCCAAGUAAAUGAUGGCAGCAAUACUGAUGAGAAUCCUGAGGAUAGACAUCCAAUGGCAUCAUUUCGCCGGGGUAUGCAUAAGAUAUUCCAUAGGCAUUCCAAGAAGGAGGAUAAUUCAAGCAGCUUUACAGAGGCUGUUCAAACCCCUCGUGUUAAUCUAAGGGCAAUUAAUGAAAAGGAGGCUGGUGUAAAGCUUGUUGUGGAAGACAACGUAUUGGUCCCUCCUUCUGGUAAGGUUUCAAAAGAAGGGGCUUUAAGUUCUGGAGAGAGUGGUUCAGAUAGCCCAGGAAAGGGUAAGGUGAAGAGUUUCUUUAGAAAUGCCGAAAAAUCCGUAAAGCGUGCACUUUCAAAGAAAGGUUCUAGAAAGUCUCAAGCUGAUUCAUGUGCAGUGAGUGAAAGAGAAAUUUUAGCAGGUUCCAACUCUUCUGAUGACGAAUCUCUUCCUUCCCCCCCAUUUGUUGAAAUGAUACCUGUCGCCUCCAGGGAUAUACCUUGUGGCUCCGUCAAUGAUUCAGGUAAACCAGAGGAGGAUGUGGUUCAGCCGGUAAUUGUCACGGCAGUGGACGCUGAAGGCCCAACAGAGAAGGUUGAACAUGAAGAACUCGUGCACCCAACAGAGAAGGUUGAACUUGAAGAACUCGAACGCCCAAAGGAGAAGGUUGAACUUGAAGAAGUCAAAAAGGUGCACGAGGAGGUGGACAGCCCUGGAAGAAAUGGCGAUGGAUUGCAUGAGCCGUUAAAAGUUGAAGCUAGCUGA